AUGCUGCGCGUAAGACCCCGCAGCCCAGGCACCGACGAUGAUGCCGCGCCCUGCUGGGCACCGCAGGCACCAGGACCCAGCCCUGCCAAGCGCCGCCGCCUCCAGGAGCCCGCGCGCCCCGAACCACUGGAGCAGCCAGACCUGGAAGCCCCAGGCCAGCCCGCCGCCGCCGCCGAUGAUGACGACGAAGAGCUCACCUCGGUGGUGUUCCUGCCCGCUGGUUCUGCCCUGCAGCUGCCCCUGGAUGGUGUCGACCUGCUGCUCGAGUCGGAUCCCACCUCGGUCCUGGAAGUGUCGCUCCAUGGACACACCAUCAUCCUAGUUCCCGAGGAUGGCCUCCAGACCGCCGCCCAUCGUGGACAGCCUGGGUUCUCGCCCACCAGCCCACAGGAAGCCAUUCUUAUUGACUUGCCGCAGGACCACCUUGUCGUCCUCCAGCAGGGAUGCUGUGAGUAUAUCCUAGAUGUCUCCUCCCACGAGGACUCCUGGGAUGAGGGUGAGGACUCUGACUUCCUGGAGCCCUGGAUGGAUCCUCCAGCUGGCCAGGCCGCUGGCCUUCUCUCCACAAGAGUUGUGUACAGCCCUGGGCCUCAGGACCCAGUCGCAGAGCCAUGGCCUCUAAUGGCCCCCGCUGGUGCAGAGGGAUCUUCUCCGAGGUCUGCCUGGGACCUAGACAGCUACCUGCUGGGACCCUUCCCCAGCUCACCACUGCAGCCUCUGCCUCCAUCUCCUCCUCCAAGUCCCCAGGAGCAGCGCCCUCCACACUCUCCGCGGGCGCCGUGCAAGGCCCGGAGGCGACUGUUCAGUGAGUGA